UAAAUCCCCCACACUAAAAUAUCUGAGUUGUUAUCCAUCCUUAUCACUACAUGGUAUAUAAUGCUGUCGCCUGUACAGCUCAGCUGUGAACAUGUGCGAGCGGGUUUAGUUAUUAUAAGUGAUUGUUUAAUUUUGUGAUUCAAAGUAAUUUGUGUGAACACAUGAAUAGUUAUAAAUAUUAAUCGUGACAGAGAAUUAUAUGGUGUGAUUCAUUGAAUACAAGCAAGGAAAAAACGUUAAAACAGCUUUAACAAAUUUUUAUCAUGUGCUGAUGUAUGAAAGUGGUGAUCGAUUCUUCAGUCCCUUAUGUUAUAACUAUUAUUUUUAUAAGGGUGAAUGAUGAAUUGGGUUUUUAAUACAUCAUAAUUACAUAUUACUAACACAAACAGUGGUUGAAUUACGAUUUAUAACUUCCGUUAAAGUGUUUAAAAUUUUUUUUCGUAUUUGACGGGAAGUAGCAAAAGACGAUCGGCUAUUGAUAGAAAAAUAAUAAGAAGCGAAAACAAAAUUAACUAUGGCAGGACAAACAAUAAACGACAGGUUGCUUGCAGCUAGGCAUAGCAUUGCUGGUCAAGGUCUUGCCAAAGCUGUUUGUAAAGCUACUACAGAGGAAAUGAUAGGUCCAAAAAAGAAACACUUAGACUAUUUAAUUCACUGUACUAAUGAACCGAAUGUUUCAAUACCACAACUAGCUAAUCUUCUGGUAGAGCGAUCGCAAAAUACAAACUGGACUGUAGUUUUUAAAGCACUUAUCACUGUACACCACUUACUUUGUUAUGGAAAUGAGAGAUUUACGCAAUAUCUAGCGUCGAGUAACAGCACCUUUCAGCUUAAUAACUUUUUGGAUAAAAGUGGUGUUCAAGCAGGGGCACGUGUUGAAUCAUUUUUAGGCUAUGAUAUGUCACCAUUUAUCAGACGAUAUGCAAAAUAUUUAAAUGAAAAAGCUAUGUCGUAUAGAAGUGUCGCCUUCGAUUUUUGCAAAGUUAAAAGAGGGAAAGAAGAUAGCACCUUGCGUACUAUGAAUGCUGAGAAACUACUAAAAACUCUUCCAGCACUACAGGCACAGUUGGAUAGUCUUUUAGAAUUUGAUUGUACUGCAAAUGAUCUCACUAAUGGUGUGAUAAGUAUGGCAUUUAUGCUUCUGUUUCGGGAUUUAAUACGACUUUUUGCUGGUUAUAAUGAUGGUAUAAUCAAUCUUUUAGAGAAAUAUUUUGACAUGAAUAAGAAACAGUGUCGAGACGCUUUAGAUUUAUAUAAAAAAUUCCUAAUAAGGAUGGAUCGAGUCGGUGAAUUCUUAAAAGUUGCAGAGAAUGUUGGAAUUGAUAAAGGGGACAUUCCUGAUCUUACAAAAGCUCCAAGCAGUCUAUUAGAUGCUCUAGAGCAACAUCUCGCAUCGCUGGAAGGAAAAAAAGGUUCCGCUGCAAGCACACCUACACAGUCCGCGAACAACAGAACGAAUGUAAAGUCAGGAGUCUCUGCACUAUCUUCCACCAGUACAGCGUUUGGGACUGCAGCCAAUAACGCCAAUCUUGAUCAACCUGGAAGCGGUCAAAUCGAUGAAGUUCUAAGGCAACAAGCUCUUGCUGAGGAAGAAGCAGUCAUGAAUCAGUAUAAAGCCAAAAUACAAUCACCAUCUGGAGUUCCGAAUACGAAUCCUUUCCUUAGCUCACCAACUGAAAGUGGUAACGAGGCCAUCGUGGAUUUAUUCAGCUCUGCGUUAGCUUCUACUACACAGGUACAAAAGGCAUCUGAUGAUUUACUCCAACUUGCGGGAAAUCCAUUCGCUGAUAUUUUUACUUCACCAGAGUCUGCUCCGGUUAUUUCAAGUGGUGUAUCAUCUAAUAAUUGGAUAAUUAAUGGUUUCAUGGUACCAGUUCUUCCAGCAAGUAAUAACUUUGUUACAGAUAACAAUUUUUCAACAGCUUUUGGGAAUCACGAUCAACAAACAACUGCCAUCCAAGAUUUGUCUGGAUCAAUACCGAACCCUUUUAUGGCGAAUUUUUCUGCCCUCCCGUCUCAGACUGGAAAUACUGCAAAUUUUGGUUCAUUAAACCAAAAAAGUGCGACAGAAAUUAGCGUUGAUGGUAGUCACCUAAACGGUGGAGAUAUGUUUAGUGCAAGCGGUCAAAAAGAAUUUUUUGGAGCUGACCCUGUCGUAACCGCGGUUAUGGAAAAAAGUUGUAGAGAUUUUGAUCUCAAUACAAUGUCAGAUGUUGCAAUGGAAACAAUACAAGUUGCAGAAAGCGACUCGUCCAAUGUAACUGUUAUGCCACCACCAAGACCACCACCACCAGUUGCUAGUAUCAAUGGUGCAUCACCCGCUAUCACUGGAAUAUCUUCCAAGCAGAUUAUUUCAACAAAUAGUGCUGCUAAAAGUGCAUUUGAUGAUUUAAACGAUAGUAUUCGCAAAGCUUUGGGUAGUUCUCCAUCUCGCCAAACAUCAGUCAAGCUACAGUCAUUCCCUGUCCAAUCAACUCAAUCGCAAUACCAAUCUCACCAAAAUUUUUCUGGUAUCGACAUUGAUGCAGGGAUAUCAUUAAAUGUUGGACAAGGAGUUAUUGGUACUGGAUCUUUACCGAGUUACAGUACUCAAAUUCCAGUACUUAUAGGAAGCAGCUUUUCCUCAAAGCAUCUAAAUACAGCUGUAAGUCAAUCUGCUGAUGUGACUGGAGUAAAUGUUCUUACUGGGGAUUUAGAUAGCAGCUUAGCAAGUCUUGCUCAGAAUCUAACCAUUAAUAAAGGCGCUCAGCAACAAGUAAAGGGUAUACAAUGGAAUUCACCAAAAAAUACUGCAAAAGCGAGUGGCAUGGCAGGAUGGACACCGCAGCCUAUGGCAGCAACAACUGGAGCUGGGUAUCGACCGAUGGGAAUGAAGAAUAUUUCAUCAGGAGUUUCAGUCAUACAAAGUACUAACUCAAUAAUGACUACAACUUCGGACACUCCAGCUGGUAGCAUAAUGUUGGGAUCAGGGCCAAUGCCAGUAAUGAUCAAUAAUCAAAUAAGUGGGCCUGUGACUCAGCUGCAACAACAGCAACAACAACAGCAACAGUCUACAGAUCAGUCAGCGAAUAAUACAAUACCACUCGAUCCUUUCGGUGCUCUAUAAAAAAAAAAAAAAAAUUUCUGUAUUAAAAGUUUCUAAUUUACACGUUAUGUCAAGACAAAAAAGUACGAAUUUUGGAUUAUAAUUCAAAAUCAAUUUUUAUUUUCGAAAACUAUGUUUGAAUGUUCUUAGGUAUAUAGGAAAAAUAAAUAGAUAAUAAAUUCAAUAAAAAAUAAUAAGUCAUGCAAUAA